UGUCAGAUACCAAACCACAGAUCCAGGAAGUUCAGAGAACACCAAGUAGGAUAGUAAGUAAAAAACAAAAAAGAAAAACAAACAAAACCUACAUGUAGGCAUAUCAUGUUUAAACUACAGAAAAUCAAAGAGAAAGAAAAAGUCCUGAAAGAACCCAGAAGGAAAAAUUAUCUACAGAGGAACAAAGAUAAGAAUUACAUCUGACCUUUCAGAAAUCAUGCAAGCAAGAAGAGUGGACUGAAAUAUUUACAGUGUUGAGAUAAAAAGCCACCAACCUAGAAUUCUGUACCCUGUGAAAUUAUCCUUCAAAAGUGAAGUGGAAAUAAAGACUUUCUCCGACAAAUAAAAAUUGAGGGAAUGGGUUGCCAAUAGACCUGCUUUGCAGGAAAUGUUAAAAGAAGUUCUUUAGAGAGAAGGAAAAUGAUAUAGGUCAGAAACUCAGAUGUACAGUAAAAAAAGGAAAAGCAUUGGAGAAGGAAUAAGUGAAGGUAAAAUAAAAACUUAUUUUUCUUAUUCCUAAUUGAUCUCAGAGAUAACAGUUUGUCCAAAAUAAUAAUAGCAGCAACAUAUCCAACUAUGUGUGCUUAUGUGUACAUGUAUGUAUAUGCUUAUGUAUGCUAUGUAGAAGUGAAAUGAAUGACAGAAGUGAUAUGAGGGAGGGGAGGAAGAAUUAGGAUUAUUUUGUUACUAUAAGGUACUCAAACUGCCCAUGAAGUGGACUUGAAUUAGUUAUAAAUGUAUAUUGCAAACUCAACCACUGAAAAAACUAGAAAAAGAAGUACAACUGAUAUGCUAAGAAAGGAGAGAAAAUGGAAUCAUAUAAAACGCUCAGUUAAAACCACAGAAGGGCCCGGCUACAGUUGGGGCAGCCGCCCGCUGGUCUGCCGCCCUGCGCCAUGGCGGGCUGCGCGGCGUGGGCUCCGCCGGGCUCCGAGGCGCGCCUCAGCCUCGCCACCUUCCUGCUGGGUGCCUCGGUGCUCGCGCUGCCACUGCUCACGCGUGCCGGCCUGCAGGGCCGCACCGGGCUGGCACUCUAUGUGGCCGGACUCAACGCACUGCUGCUGCUGCUGCUCUACCAGCCGCCGCACUACCAGAUAGCCAUCCGAGCCUGUUUCCUUGGCUUUGUAUUUGGCUGUGGAGUGCUGCUAAGUUUUAGCCAGUCUUCUUGGAAUCACUUUGGCUGGUAUAUGUGCUCCCUGUCAUUGUUCCACUAUUCUGAGUACUUAGUCACAGCAGUCAAUAAUCCCAAGAGUCUGUCCUUGGAUUCCUUUCUCCUGAAUCACAGCGUGGAGUAUACAGUAGCAGCUCUUUCUUCUUGGAUAGAGUUCACACUUGAAAAUAUCUUCUGGGGCUUCCCUGAACUGAAGCAGAUCACCUGGCUCAGCGCCACGGGGCUGCUGACGGUGGUCUUUGGAGUGAGGAAAGCGGCAAUGUCUACAGCUGGUUCCAAUUUCAACCACGUGGUGCAGAAUGAAAAGUCAGAAACCCACACUCUGGUGACAAGUGGAGUAUACGCUUGGUUCCGGCAUCCUUCUUACGUUGGGUGGUUUUACUGGAGUAUCGGAACCCAGGUGGUGCUGUGUAACCCCAUCUGCGGCAUGAGCUACGCUCUGACAGUGUGGCGCUUCUUCCGCGACCGGACAGAGGAGGAGGAGAUCUCACUGAUUCACUUUUUUGGAGACGAGUACCUGGAGUAUAAGAAGCGGGUGCCCACGGGCCUGCCUUUCAUAAAGGGAGUCAAGGUGGAACUAUGAUAGGCCCGGGCGGCCCAGGCCAGGCCGGGAGGCCUCCCACUCCAGGCAGCGUGGGACGGAACUGCUUCCUGUUGGCCACUCUGCAGAACGGACUUUCUUAAAUCAUUUUGUAUGUCACCAGUUACUCUUCUGGAAUAUCACUCAAGAUCAAAUGGUCAGAAGGCCUUAGGACCAAAGGACCCCCCCCCCCCCACCUCCCCACUGCCCCGGAGCAGCCCGUUCUCAGGCUGCAUCAAGGUAGGACGUAGAUUAAAGGUGGACAAGAAGCAAAUAACAGCAGUACUUGGCAGUGCCCCCCUGACGUGCCUGGAGAGAGCCUAGGCCACACUUCAUCCCCCACAAGGCCAGUGGUGUUAAGUUGUAACCAAGACCCCUGGGGAGAGGUGGGCUCACUCUAGAUGCUGAGUGAGGCGCCUGCAGCGGGAAGGGGUACGUGGGCACCAGUACUUACUAGUGUUAGAAACCCAUUCAGAAUCCUUACUUUGACCAAAACACACAAACAGCACAGCUUUCACCUCCCUGUUUCUGUCCUUAAGUGCAUGAGCAUCUCUACAAUUUUAAAGACAUUUCCUUAUAAGGCACUUUGGCUCUUCAUAUAUCUCAUCAUGUUUACUUACCUGUUUUCAAAAACGGCAGUAUGAACUCAGGGGACUCGCUUGGCGUGUGAGCCCCACCUUUCAUUUGGCAGAAAGGCAGCACAGACACCUCCAGAUGACACAGCUGAUGCUUUGUGUUACCAGGGCUCCCCGGGCCAAGGAGACUGUGGGCCCCUGUGGCUUUCCUGGGUCCUGGCUCCUCCCAAAAGGGGGCUGUUACCGGUGACAGGCAUAUCAAAGAUGUGUCAUUUCUCCUUUAUCCAAAAAAAAUGCUUCCUGGACACCUGCUCUGUGCAAGGCAUUGUUAAACGUUGAGAAAUACUGCUCUCCGUUUACUUGGGGUUUAUUCUUAUUCUAUCAUAGCUUAUAUUUUUGUGUUUUGACUUAAAUCCAUUAACCAU